GCGUUUUCUUCACCUCAGUGAACGCAAACCUCAGUCAGACCUACACAUGCAAGGGGUGUCAGUCGUGUCGUUGGACUUUUAUAAGUUUACACAAUAUUGUUUUGUUCUAUUUGAUCAUUUUCAAUGUUUCUUCUUCUGGAACAUAUAUUUAUAAACAUUUUGAGGCGGGAAGGCGUCCCACUUUACCCGUAUGCCCGCGGAGAGCGAUGAUGGGACAGUUGUGCUGGAUGAAUGGUCAAUGACAGGAUGGAUAUCACUGGGAUUCUCUCUAUCGCUUUUAUAUUUCGCUUCUCUUUUGGUGUCUACGGCGAGGCAAGACAGAGUGCUGUGUACCUAAAUACCUUGCAGAGCUCAGGACCUCUGUCCUGCUCUGAGGGCUUCACUGAGCUGGGUUAUUACAAUGGAUCUGUGUCUCAGACAGACUCUGGCUCUUCCUGUCUAAAAUGGACUGACUUUCCCGACUACAUGCUGCAGUACCCUGAUCGUGGGCUGGGUGACCACAACCACUGUAGAAAUCCUGACCGUGCAUCCAACCCCUGGUGCUUUUUCAGACAGAAGUCAGGAGCAAUCGGAUGGGCCUACUGCGACUGCCACCAGGGUGAGGCUCGGUUGGUGGGGGCUUCGUCUAAUAAAAGUGGUCGUCUUGAGGUUUACCUGAAUGGCCGUUGGGGAGCAGUGUGUGACAUUCACCUGACUGAUCGAGAUGCCAGUGUGAUCUGUAGACAACUGAGGCUCGGAGAAAUCGGCACUGCGCUUCGGCACUCUUACUUUGGACCUGGAUCUGGUCUCUUCCACUUUGAACGUCUUGGCUGCCAUGGCAAUGAAGAUUCUCUGCUGAAGUGCCGGAGCCGGAAAUAUGUCUCCGGCGACUGUAACCAUGGCAAUGAGGCUGGAGUGGUGUGUGCUGUUCCAGAGGGUAAUGGUGCCCCCCUGAGGCUCGUGGGAGGCCUUGAGGAUUUCGAGGGGCGUGUGGAGGUGUACCAUAAUGGGAAGUGGGGUACUAUUUGUGAUGACCAAUGGGAUGAUAUUGAUGCUGAAGUGGUUUGCAGACAGUUGGGGUUGGGUGGUGUACCAAAGGCGUGGACAUGGGCACACUUUGGGCAGGGCACUGGGCCUAUCGUCCUGGAUGGCGUGCACUGCACAGGAAAUGAACUGUCUCUUGAGGAAUGUCCUCAUGCGCCCUGGGGACGGCACAACUGUGACCACAUGGAGGACGCUGGAGUGUCUUGUAACCCAUUUACAGAUGGAGUGUUGCGUCUAGUAGGAGCUGAUAGCCCAUGGGAAGGACGCCUUGAGGUUUAUUACGCUGGAGAAUGGGGCACCGUAUGUGAUGACAACUGGACUGGACGUCACGCCCAGGUGGUAUGUCGACAGCUGGGUUAUCGAGGGCGUGCUGAGGUGGCUCCAGAUGGGAUGUAUGGGGAGGGUACAGGGUUGAUCUUGCUGGAUGAGGUGAAAUGUGAAGGGGGCGAGAGCUCUCUGCUGGACUGUGCUCAUAGUCAGUGGGGGCGGCACGACUGCUCCCACAAUGAAGAUGUGGGCAUACGCUGUGAAAGAGAAGCACAUAACAAUGAAAUUCCUGAGGUGGCUCCAGCCACAGGUCCCCUGGUGAGGCUGGUGGAUGGUGAGAGCCGUAAGGAGGGACGCGUAGAGGUGUUUAUUAAUGGCGAGUGGGGCAGCGUGUGUGAUGACGGUUGGAAUGACAUCAAUGCUGGAGUGGUCUGCAGACAGCUAGGAUUCAUUGGGGUCUCGAAGGCCCGCUCCAUGGCUUAUUUCGGCGAGGGCCAGGGACCGAUCCAUCUGGAUAACGUGAAGUGCGUUGGAACGGAGUCUUCGUUGGGUGAAUGUUCAGCUGUAGGCUCGGACUCCCAUGAUUGCAGAAACAGUGAGGACGCAGGGGUCAUCUGUGAUUACACCACUGAACCUGUAAAGUACAGCGGCAUGAGCAAACAGGAAUGUGGUUUGAGACCCAACACACAGAGGCGCAGGAGAAGGAUCAUUGGAGGAGAUAAAUCUCUACGUGGGGACUGGCCGUGGCAAGUAUCUUUGUGGCUGAGGUCUCAAUCGAAAGGCACACAUCCACUUUGUGGGGCGACUCUCAUCAAUUCCUGUUGGGUCAUUACUGCAGCUCAUUGCUUCAAGAGAUUUGGUUCUGACCCUUCCCGUUACGUGCUGCGGCUCGGCGACUACCACACAGAGGAGAGGGACGACUUUGAGCGCACUCUCUCUCCUGAGCGCAUCGUGAUCCAUAGGAAGUAUAACAGCCAGGGCUGGGAGUAUGAUAUUGCCUUACUGAAGUUGAAGGGGACAGAUGGGAAAUGUGUGGCCUUUAACCCACACACUAAUGCAGUUUGCCUUCCGGCUCACAGCAACAAGAGCGGCAAGAGGCCCAUCGCCUGUGUUAUUACCGGCUGGGGAAUUACAGACUCGGAGUAUUCCCGAACACUACUGCAAGCCUGGGUUCCAUUACUGCCCUCUUUGAAGUGUAAAAAACGCUACGGCAGUCGCUUCACCAGCCGCAUGUUGUGUGCCGGGAGCUUGUCGAACCAUCGGCGUGUGGACAGUUGUCAGGGUGACAGUGGGGGUCCCCUGGUGUGCCAGGGCGAUGGUGGGCACUGGAUGCUCACAGGAAUCAUCUCCUGGGGUCAUGGUUGUGGCGACCCCACCUAUCCUGGUGUAUACACACGGGUCGGCCGGUUCCUGAAGUGGAUUGAGAAAGUCACCCACAGCCCUUCCAAAGCUUGAUGUUACAGUGUUGACUUUAAAGCCACUUAUUGCAUUGUAUAAAUAUAUAGGCUAUUAUGUAUGAAGGGAUCACCAGCUGGCCAUUAGGUUUAAAGCAGGUUUUGAUUCCAUUUUUUGCAUUGCACAUCUUACCACAUACCAUUUCAGUUCCAUUUCUGUAGACUUGAAACGUUCGUGAACAUGCACAAAAACGUAAAGCCACAAAUGUAUGUUUUUGAGGGACAGCUGCAUUCAUUGAGUGGAGUUUUCCAGGACCGAAAGGUCUUUGACAGAUAAGCCUUUGUAAAUAUGUCAUUUUGCACUAAUCUGCAUGCCAACAAAGUGGAGCAUCUGUGGGAGGUCUGUGUUCUAGUCUGGCUUGCCUGGAUUCUUAAAUCAGUUCACAUAUUGCACUUAAACAUAUUUUGUUGAGCUGGAGUUCAUUAAGGUAAGGAGCAGCAUGCAUAUAUAUGUAAAGAUUUAUCAACAUUCCACAUGUAUGUUGGUUAUUUGUACUCUUGUUGAAGGUAUGUAGGGUACGACUAUCGUUAUCGAGCUUACAAUUUAGAGUUUUUCAGGUGGGAUGCAAAAAAACAGUGUCAGUUUAUUUAUAGAUAUAAAAAAUUUUUAAAGCCCCCACUGAAGAGAUCAGUGAAAUUAAGCAUUGGACUGUUAAUCGGCUGGAUGACUUGGGGACAUGGUGAUUAACAAAAUAUGAGAUUAUAUAUAGCUAAAACUAUAUAAGUGCUUUUGCGUUCACUUGAAAAAACUUUUGCAUUUGUACAAAACAGAUGCUACAAUGAUGUGGGUGGAAAACGUACCCAGAUACCCAGACCCAACAUAACCUCGGUUCUCUCUAGAGAGGGAAAGAGUAUCGUGUAAAUUUAGAUUACGCAAUGAGAAAAGUAAUCUUUUCUCGAGAUAUUGAAGCCAAAAAUUAUUCUUAAUUUUGUAUUCUUUGUCAACGCAGUGCAGCAGCUAGCAGACCUAGAGCAGGCUGUCUAGCACACUCAUUGGUUGCCCUGCGGCAAUUGCAGCGGCAUACCACUGAGCCUGGCCACGCCCAAUGGUGGCGCCUCACCCCCACUACGUCACAGCCCGCUCAAGUGGUUAUGGCUUAGCGUACAAAAUUAUGGCUCGGAGGCUACUAAACUGUCCUAAAACUGUCUUUUUUUUCAUAUUUAUUUCACAUAUGGUCAGAAUCUGCUGCUGAAAAGUAAAUUAUGUCAUCUGUUAUCAUUUUUUGUCAGUCAUUAAAUUGCAUGGAAGUUGUGUUAAAGGGGCUUGAGUGAUGUUGUUACAUUUACUUCCUGCAGUGUUCAGGUUUUUGUACAUAAGUUUUGUACAUUUUAUUUACAUAAGAAGAUAUAAGUGUAUAAAUUCAUUCUUUCUCAAGAAUUGCUGAAAUUAUUGAUUAGUCAAGCUUACUGGAAAGGCAUACCUAAAGUACAAUUCCAUCUCUGUUCAAAUUAUUUACAUGUUUUGGUUCUUGAUACUUUAUGAACAGUAUGUUUUUCAUCAAUCCCAAACAGGAACUUUGAUGUAAUUAUGUAAAUAUUUAUAGGUGGUUAGUAUGCCAAAUUUAGCCUAGUUUAAACCAGUUUAGAAAAACUGUGAAUAUUCAAAUGAUUAGACACCAAAUGUACCAAACAUAAUGUGGAAACAAUGGGUUAAAAAGAUUUAAAUGCAUGUCCUUGUCUGCACUUUAAUUUUUUGAUGAUGGGAAAGCAAAAACAAGCUAAUCAAAAUGCAUAGUGUAAUGUUAAGGCAUCAUGAUAUUAAUCAUUUAUCUUAAAUUGUGUUUAUAUUAAAUGUUUAAAAUGUACAUUGAAUGCAUUAAAAUUGGAACAGGUAGAUUAAAAAAUAAACAUAUUCUAAUUCCACUUCCUGCCGGCUUGGUCCUACACCUAAUUUUUUUUCUUAAGAUGUGGUGAGUCCUCGGGGUUGCACCCUUCACAACACAUAUGAUAAACUGUAGUUUGGCUUCCGCCAUUGUCCCAGCAGAAUUAAAAAAUGGCUGUGGUGACCCCCAUUCUUAAAAAAAUACGCCUUGACCAUCUAAACAUGGGUCAAUAUCUAUUUUAACAUUCUUAAGCAAAAUCUUUGAAAAGGUUGUGGCUUUGCAAUUGCGAUCAUAUGUUAAUGGUCUUUUUUAACCUUUUCAAUCAGGAUUUUGCCCAUCUCAUAGCACUGAAACUGCUCUUCUGGUUCCGCUCUUUCCUGGCUCAUUCCUUACAUCAGUGAUAGAAAUUAAUAUAUCACCAUACAAGGGUAUAAAUCUGCCACUGCUUUGCUUACACAGGGUGUUCCUCAAGGUUCAGUUCUUGGCCCACUGUUGUUCAUCAUCUAUAUCCACUUGGUGACAUCAUUCGUAGGCAUGAAUUUCAAAUUCAUUGCUAUGACAUUCAAAUUUAUCUCACCACCAGACCAUCCCUGCCUGACUCACUCACUGCAUGUAUCAGUGACAUCAAGCAUUGGAUGUACCUGAAUUUCCUCAAAUUAAAUAAUAAUAAUAAAAAACAGUCAAAAGAAUGGACCUGUCCUUUGAUAUUGAUGGAGUUCAUGUUAAGCCUUCGUCAUCUAUUAGUAACCUUGGUGUCUUAAUCGACUCAACUCUAUAUUUUGGCUCUCAUAUUUCUUCUCUUGUUAAAAACAUUUUUCCAUCUUUGUAAUAUUGCACAUAUCUUCGAUCUUCUCUCACUUUAGAGGAUGCUGAAACCUUAAUUCAUGCAUUAAUCACAUCAUGUCUGGAUUAUUGCUAUGCUCUAUUUCUUGGUCUGCCCAGAAAACGCAUUGCAAAAUUACAAUAUGUUCAAAACUCAGCAGGAAGAGUUCUCACCUCCACCAGGCAUUCUGCUCAAAUUACUCCUCUGCUUCAUGACCUUUACUGGCUACCCGUGGCAUCACGUAUUCACUUUAAGGUAUUACUUCUAACGUUUGAGGGAUUAAAUGGUCUUGCACCUCCAUAUCUGUCUGAUCUUCUUUACUCUUACCACCCUGCCCUGUCCCUUGAUCAGCUGAACUUGGUUUAUAGUUCAUUCCUCAUUUCCGGUUGUCUGUAGGUGGAAGGUCAUUUAGUGUUAAUGCUUCUAAAUGAUGGAAAUCACUACCCUCACACUUCGAAAUAUGUCAUCUGUGGCUACAUUCAAGACUGAGCUAAAACAUCUAUUUAACAUGUAUUUUGGAUAAUGUGACUAUAUGUGUCCUUAUUGUAAUGUGUGUGCGGGUGUGUAAAUGUAUUGUAAUGUACAAUGUAAAGCGACCUUGAGCUACGGAAAGGAGCUAUAUUAAUAAAACGUCUUUUUCUUCUUCUUCUA